CCGUCGCCUGCCGGGGAUUCUCCGGGGCUGGCCCGCGGGGAAGUCCCCGGGCGCGCGGGGUACAAGAGGGCGGCGCGGCACGAGCGCGCCCCAGGCGGGCACCCCGAGGCGGCGGCGCAGCGCUCCGGCCAUGUCGCGCGGCCUCCAGCUCCUGCUCCUGAGCUGCGCCUGUAGUCUGGCGCCCGCGACGCGGGAGGUGAAGGUGGCUUGUUCGGAGGAUGUGGACUUGCCCUGCACCGCUCCCUGGGACCCGCGGGUCCCCUACACCGUCUCCUGGACCAAGCUCACAGGGGCCGGUGAAGAGAGGAUGGAGGUGCCCCAGGGAGAUCUGCACCUCGGUGGACAGCACUAUCAUCAGAAGGAGCAAAACGACUCUUUUGAGGCCCCCAGUGAGAGGCCCUAUUCCCUGAAGAUCCGAAACACUACCAGCUGCAACUCGGGGACAUACAGGUGCACUCUGCAAGAGCUGCAAGGGCAGAGAAACCUAAGUGGCACGGUGAUCUUGAAAGUGACAGGAUGCCCUAAGGAUCAUAAAGAAGGGAAUUUUAAGAAAUACAGAGCUGAGGUUGUACUGCUGUUGGCUCUGGUGGUUUUCUACUUAACACUCAUCGUUUUCACUUGUAAGUUUGCACGACUACAGAGUAUUUUUCCAGAUUUUUCUAAACCUGGCAUGGAACGAGCUUUUCUCCCAGUCACCUCCCCAAAUAAGCAUGUGGGGCCAGUAACUCUUCACAAGACAGAACUGGUAUGAGCCGUAUUUCUGCAGGUCGUGUUUCCUGAAGUCAAGGGCUCAAUGGGGUGUCCCUCCGCCACACCAGACAAGAGAAGCAUGAGCCUCCACUGAAGAUGGCAUCCUUCCUGUGAUGUCCUUCACCUGGCCGAAAACUUCUGAAAGUGGAUCCCACCCCACUUUCUGCAAGCAGGACCUUGAAAACCAUUAUGUGACCACAGAGCAUGGGGUCCUCCCAACUUCCUCAUGGCCACUGCUUAGUGUUUUAUGCAGCCAUCUGGUCAUCCUCUUGGAAACAUUUUCAGUCGUAUAAAAGCUAUGAUGAGAUGCAGUUGGAAAGGGUCUUGGGAAAUGUGAAUGCCCAGAGUUGGCCCUGUGACAGACUCCUGAGGAUAGUUUUCCUCUUUCACAUCUGGGAAACAUCUCUGUGAAUUUGCUGUGUUUGGUUGUGUUGGUCCAGAUGUUUUACUUCUGGGAGAAAUUGACAGGCCAAGCUGUGAGACAGUGGGAAAUAUUUAGAAAAUAAUGUCCUGGUGUGGAGGCCCUGCUAUUUCUAAGGAGUGUUAUGUGUACAUAGAAACAACAGGUCAAUGAACCGUUUCCCCAGAGGGUCUUUUCAUCUGGGAAAAGCAUCCAUAAAGAAGCAAUAGAGUGCCACAUUUAUUUUUAUAUCUAUGUAUACUUGUCGAAGAAAGGACUCGUGUUUUUUUCCUUUUGAAAUCUCUAUCUACAGUCACAUGGCAUUGCUUACUGACAAGCAGCCUGAAUUUGGAGAGUAAGAUCAAGUCAGAGAGGAUGGCAACAGGACAGAGAGCUGUUUAGCAACCGCUGGAAGUGCGGGACCCACCACCGCAGUCUGGGUUCCAGCCCCAGCUGUCCCACUGCCUAGCGGUACGAUCUUGGGAAAGUUCCUUAGGGUUUCUACUCUCUCAGUUGUACACUGGAAGGCUGUUAGAUGGCUUCAUUACAAUAACGUAUUGUGAAAAUGCUUUGAAAAAGUGUACGGGGCUAUAUAACCUCGAAACUCUGUUGGGUCACCGUCCUUGCUAUUAUGUUGGUGUUCUGAGAGGAGGCCACUCACUUCUCACGUUUUCCACUGUUCCAAACAAAGAAGAUGACAAAGGAGACUUUCCCAUAGACUUCCCUAUGAAUUCCUUUGGGGAAGUUGAGGAGGCCACUCUAGUGGUCUGUGCUUGACACACCAGCUACAACUACCCCAAGAUAUGGACAUAUCGGAGCCACUGGGCCAUGGGAAGCGAGGACAUCACAAAAUGUUGCAUUGAUGUUUUGAUAAUUGUGGGGUUUUGCAUAUCAAACUUGGCACCUUCCUUAUUUCUUUUCCAAAGAGAUCUUGUCCUUUUAGUAGCAUGUGCAUUGCCCACACUAAUAUUGAAGAGUAAAAGAGAU